AUGGACGCCACAGAAUUUUCAAGCAAUCUUGACAAUUAUGUCAGAAUUCGAGAGCGGCUCGACGAAUUUUGCAAGACUUGCCUCGAAAUCCGACAAGAGGUAUUGGAAGUUGAAAAACUUGAGAAUCACAUCAAAAAUUGUGCGACGACGCGAGAGGAACUCGAGAAUGAGCGAAAAUCUCAUGCGGAGGAGUUGCGACAAAUUAAUCAGGAUAUCAAUGUCCUCGAGGAUAUGGCAAAGGCGCUGAAGACCGAAAAGGAGAACCGACGCGAGAAGGUGACGAAUGGUGUUCGGGCUGUUCAGAGCUCACGGAUUGAUGCGAAUUCGGCGCUAAAGACACUCAAAAUCGAAGACGAAAUUGAAAAGUCGAUUGAGGAAGACAAAUAUGGACCUCCUCCGACUCCCGCGACGAAUCCUCAAAUAUGUGUUCCAUCGAUUUUCAACGUGGCUCUCACAUCGGCGAACCCAAUGACAUGGUUUUCAAGUCUUCUUCAUUCUCAAUUGACUUCCGCGGCGAACCCGUCAACAUCCGGCGAUCAGCAUCUUAUCAAUCGGAAUCGAAUGCCCCCGCAAUUUGUGGAAGCCAGCAAAAUGAAGCAAUGUGAGCACUGUGGAGCCAAGAUUCAUCGAAACGCGCCAACCUGCCCAAUGUGCAAAAUGAAGACGAAAAGCAAGAAUCCGAAAAAGAAGAAGAAGGCAGCACCGACGCUUGACGGGCUCUAG